AUGGCCUUUUGGGUUGUUGGAGGUGGCCACGGCAGGCCGCUUCAAGACGGGGAAUAUGCCACUCGCCGUCACGCCAACAACCAAGAUGUCAUUACUAGGCAAAGCGGCAACAGUAGUGACUAUUUCAACACUCAAGGAGAACUCGACAGCCACCAUUCGGAUGCAUAUGCAACGUACGAUUAUAACCCUCGAUAUUCACCAAACGAUCAGGCAAUUCAGUCGGUUCCGAUUCAGAACUUAGCAUUUCUUGUUAUACGAGAGGCCCAUGCCCACGACAGCGCUCCAUCACCAUCUCCAUCACCAAAACCGCCCAAUUUUGACGAAACUUCUGCUAGUUUUCACUCCAGAAGUAGCAUCCCCGUGCCCUUGGAACGAACCGAAUCCGGCUUGUCCAUAUCCUCUGACACAACAGCACACCAACACGCCAACUCCACAGAGGAUGACCGGUAUGGGUCGUAUCUUGGAGAUUCUGAAGCCGCGCGCUUCGUUCGCAAACACCUUGCGACCUAUCAACGCAGAUUUCCAGACUCGCAACCAGAACGAAUCCUGAAAGCCCUCAUCAAGCCGAGGUUUCGGGGUGCAGAAUUCGCACUAGAUAAUGACGCCUUAAAGAGCAUAUUUUCCGCAUCGAAUGAGCUUUUCUUUGCCAAUCGUCUUACACAAAGGGUCAUCUGGGACUGGAGCCAUUCCCUGUCGGGCCAAUACAAGAACCACAUUGUUGGUACAACGGCAAUUCGGCGAAGUGCUUGCCUUGGUGGAUGGGAAACUUUAAUCGUGCUUUCUUCGCCUAUCCUCAGAGAUACACAGUACAAUCGACGCUUGCUCAUCUCCACAUUCCUGCAUGAAAUGAUUCACAGCUUCAUGUUUGUUACUUGUGGGCUGAAAGCCCAGCAGGAUGGGGGACACACAAGCGGAUUUCGGCAAAUUGCUGGCAUUAUCGAUGAUUGGGCUGGCAAUGAUUGCCUCCGCUUGCGAGAUAUGGAGGCUGACCUAUCUCGAUGGCGUGGUGACGACUUUUCCUCUACUGAGUACAGCCAUGGCUUGGACGACAUCCAUGGUGCGUCGAGUUUUGAGCAAACUGGUUGGAGCAGUAAUCACGCGUAUAAGCAUGAAGACUACUUGCAACCUCCUCUCCCGAGGAGACAUGCUCCCCCAGAAGAAUGGCAAUUGUGCAACAGAGAAGAUUUUGGAGACCAUGCGCAGGUCGUUGCCAACUUGCAAUAUGGAUCUGAGCAGAGCUCUUCUGCAUGGGCUUGA